AUUAUCCGCUUGCAGUUUGGACGCCGACGCCGCCGCGCCACACGCUACAAAUGUGCGCUACCAUCAUAAUAACAUAAUAUUACAUUACAUUAUUAUAACAUCGUUCUGAAAAUGUCGCGAUUAUCGCUAUAAAUUUUUUACAAAAUUCAGACGACCAUCCGUGACACCGUCAUGAAGGGGGGGUCGUCGCCGCGGUCUUACCGCGAACCGUCAUCGUCACGUGGCGCGACUAUACGAUAUUAUAUAAGUGUCUCGCCGUUGUAACAUAAUAUAUUUAUCUAAAGGUUUAUAUUAUUAUGCGAUUUUUACGAUCGUCUUCGAUAAUAAUACAUCGAUUUCGUCAAUAUGUAGGUACGCGUACCUUAUAACGUUAAGUCAUGUCGCCGUCCACCGUGCAGAUGCAGAACCUUAACGGCUCACCGUACACGGUGUCUUCCGCGCCGGAAUUCCGGCAGGAAGAGUCGACGGCCGUCGAAGAAAAACUCAUGGUGGCUGUGAGAAUAAGACCAUUAUCAACAAACGAAACGGGUAGAAGCUUAUACGUGGUUGAUUCCAAGACUAUCGUCAUCGAGGAAACGGAAAAAGAAAGAGACGACGUACUUCGACAAAAAAGGACCGGACAAAAACGUUAUGCGUUCGACGUAGUUUUUGACGAAGAUUCCACUCAGGACGAAGUGUACGAAAAGACGACGAAAAGCUUGGUGAAAGACAUACUCGUCGGUUUUAACGCCACAGUGUUCGCGUACGGGGCGACGGGUAGCGGAAAAACACACACGAUGGUCGGACACGGUGGAGAGACGGGCAUCAUGGUCCGAGCAAUAAGCGAUUUGUUCGACAUAGUGAGCAAAAACGCUUACCGGUACACGGUAAAAAUGUCGUAUUUAGAAAUAUACAACGAGAACAUCCGGGACCUCCUGAACCCAGCGUCGGGUUUUCUGGAACUCCGCGAAGACACGUCCAGAAAUCGAAACAUCCAAGUGACCGGACUGUCGGAAGUCGUAGUAGUGUCCAUCGACGAGGUGAUGGGGCUGUUGCACCAGGGCAACCGGCAGAGGACGGUGGAGCCGACGGGCGUGAAUAAAACGUCUUCCAGGAGUCACGCGCUACUCAGCGUGACGGUGUGCAAGGCGUCCAGGACGGCAACAGCCGUGCGGCAAGGCAGGUUGUUCAUGAUCGACCUGGCAGGCUCCGAGAGAGCUAGCCACACUAAGAACCGAGGAAAACGACUAAAAGAAGGAGCGCACAUCAACAGGUCUCUGCUGGCUUUGGGAAACUGCAUAAACGCCCUAAGCGGAGGCACGAACCCGCGAUUCGUCAACUAUCGUGACAGCAAACUCACCCGGUUGCUUCGUGAGUCUCUGAGCGGAAAUUGUCGGACUGUCAUGAUCGCACACGUCAGCUCAGCAGCGUCGCAUAAAGACGAGACCAGGAACACCUUGAUCUACGCCGCCAGAGCCAGCGGAAUAUCACACAAAGUCGAGAGGAACGUUUUGAACGUGUCCUUUCAAGUUAAUCAGUACAGAUCAGUUAUAUCAGAUCUACGCAACGAGAUCUCUCGACUGAGGACAAAAUUGGACGAGGGUCGAGCAAAGUCUUCGAACGGCCAGCACAGCGACACGCCUGUGAACCAGAUAAGGGACCAGAUUGUGGGCACGUUCCGCGAACAAAUGAAACUCAGGCGAAAGCUGAUGGAUAUCGACGGACAUCUGUUGUCGCUGGGCGUAGAAGCCGAACGGCAACACCAAAUAAUCAGCCAAUGGGAGUCGAGAAACAAUAGACUUUACUGCCGGAGGACAAGCAGCCAGCGCAGGCCGAACACCAAAAGUUCGAUCAACACUUCAAACGGUGAUUCCUUUGACAAUGACCAGCUAAACAUGCACCAGGCGUGGUCGGAUUUGAGUUACAUCGAACACGAACAGGAAAGAUAUGUGGCGCUCAGGUCCAAGACCGUUAGCGAACUGGACGCAGUCAGGCAACAGGCAGUGGCCCUAGAAAAUAACCUUCCAAAACGAUUGGACUCUGAGACGGAACGCGAACUGCUAUCGUUAAUAUGUCGCGUGCACGAAUUGGAAGCCGACAAAAUGGCUUUGCAAGGUGAACGGCUAGUCGAGUCGUACGAGCUGCGCCGCAGAGGAGAUCUGUUGCACAAGCUGCACCGACAACAACGCAUUACCGACGACAUUAUAACGAAACAGCGACAGAUAAUCGAAGGUCAAAAUGUGCCGUUGCCGACCGAUUUGAAAGAACUGUAUCGGUCGUAUCAGCAAGAAAUACACGCUAACUCGUACAACACGGACGUAAACACCAUACCACUGACAUCUGCCAUACAAUCAAUCGACAAGAGUUUUGAGAAAGCAACCAUCGACGACCAGCGAGACAAAAAUGGAACGUAUACCGCUGAAAGUCGUGUUCAACCGAUUACGCCAGAAUCGAGACUUUACACAACUUCAAGCAAUGAGAGCUUAGCGGCUGGCUUCGACUGGGAAAAGGAUCAAGGAAGUUUGCCGCCCAUCAAUCAAUCGGCAGCCGUUCCAAACUCCAGAGACGAAAUUCCAUCGCCCGUUCCGGCUUCCGUGCUGUUUCCGCCAAUUUCUAAUCGCUUUAAAUAAGGUUUCUCGAUUCUUCCCGUCUACUUGUAUAUGCCUAAAAUUAAAAUUAAAAUAAUAAGUAUAUAAUACACACCGUAUAGACGUCAUUUAUCGCGUAGUAGGUACCUACUGCCAUUAAAUGUUUUUCUUCAAUACAUCAAUGUAUAAUAUAUAGAUAUUUAUGUAUCCAUACGAAUGAUAAUUCUAGGGAAUGUUCAUACUAUGUAAGUUGUACAUAGUUUGCAACGUGACCGUUUGCUUUCAAAAUUAUUAGCACCCUGCAACGAAUGUCGAUAAAAAUCAAAAUAUAAUUUACCUACCUAUACAAUAAUUUUAUACUUACAUUUAAAUACCUAUCUAUUUAAUAUUUCAAUAUUGUUAAACAUUUUUGAAUUUACGACAGAUAUUCUUUCAUUAGUUGAAUCAUUUAGUACGCUAAUAAUAUAUAUAUAUAUUUAAAUUUUUGAUUAUUCAUAAGAUCGCGAAUUCGUCUACAAAAAUGUAGGUAGGUAUGCGUACCUAUGCGAUUGCCUUUAAUCCUAUCACAAUCGAUCGAUUUUAUACCAAUUGAUUGAUUAUAAUUUAUAGUAGGUAAGUACUAAUUUAUAAACCUAUAGAUAUAGAUAACUAAUACCUACAAUACUUAAUUUCCUUUAUUUUAAUAUUGUUAGUUGUAAUGUUCUAACUUUGUAACGUAUCCGUAUAAAAAUCAAAAAAACAAACAAAACAACAUUUUAAUUUGUUUUUUGUAUGGUUAGCAAAAUACCACUAAAAUUAAAGUGAAUAUAAUGUUUAAAUUACCUAUACGAUCAACAAAUAUAUUCAAUAUUUUUCAAUUGAUUUGUGUUUUAUGUUAUUCUUAUAUUGUGUAUAAAUGUAGAUAUAAUACUAUGCAUACCUAUCAUAGGCUCUAAGAGUUCAAAGCUUUUGUGAGAACUUUAACCCCUUUUCUCACCAUACU